AUGUCAAGUGUUGGUGCAGUUUGUGCUGAAGUGGAGGACGAGGAGGUCCUGCUGCGUGUCGCUGCGGUGCCCUCGCCCUCUAAAAUAGAAUUUAGAUCUGAGGAACACAGAGAAGUGGGCAUUCUAUUCUCGCAAGAUGCAAGCUGCCCAGACUAUGAUAACCUCGAUGUUGUCCUGUAUGAAGACGGAUGCACUCGUCAACCUUGGGCAAUCCUCUCCAAGUCAAACGAAUACAUCGUGACUUUGAGGAAGAUUGACCUGGUCUCUGAGGGCGUCUACCGCUGCGAGGUCAUGAGCGAGGCGCCCACCUUCCAGACUUCCUUCGCGUCUGCCAAUCUAACCGUCGUAGAGAUGCCCGGGGCGCCGCAGAUCAUCGGGAUGCAGGAAUCGUACACGGUGGGGGAGACUCUGCGCCUCAACUGCACGGUGCCGGACUCGCGCCCUCCGGCCCGCAUCUCCUUCAGUGUCAACGGCAGACUCAUACAUCCGGGGUCGGGCCGCAUAACCGAGUACCCGCGGGUGGACGCCGGCGGCCCGGGCCACCCGUAUGCCCUCAGCACCACGCGCAGCCAGCUGACCCUUCCCCUGGGGGAGCGCCACGUCCCCGCAGUCACCGUGGAGUGCGAGGCUCAGGUACUCUCGCUCACCACCCACGCCUCCCACAGCGCCCUCGUCCGCCCUCUCUCCACGACCUUCUCCUUCUUCAACGCGGGAUCCUCGCUCCCCUCCGCGCCCUCGUGGCUCUGCGCCGCGGCCGCCUUCUCGCUCCUCGCCCUCCUGUAGAGGCGGAGCCGCGACGCCGAGCAGCUUGCGACGGAAGCUUAUCAUUCCCCUUCGUU